AUGUACAAGCGGACGAUUCUGAUAACAGGCUCCACUGACGGAAUCGGCCGACAAACAGCCCUCGACCUCGCCGCACACCCGGACAACUUCGUCGUCCUUCAUGGCCGAAGCGCCGAAAAGUGCGAGGCGAGUCUGUUAGUUUGAUAUUCAUAUCCUGUUGGUGUUCAAUAUGCACCAGUUAUUAUAAUCGACCCACGAAGUUUCGGCUCAGAAAACACAUGAAAUGAACUUGAGAAGAAUCUGGAAAAAGGAAAGGAACAAAAAAAAAAACAGAAAGUUUGGCCUGGAGGUUAAAAGUCGAUUCCAAAAAGAAAAAAACCGCGAUGUCUUUUUUUUGAAUAUCAAUUUUUUCCCCAGACUGUAGUAAAAGUCUAAUUGUUCCAACGAAGUAUGUUCGAAUUUAUAGGUUUACUCAUAUUUCAACAAUCAAUUGAAAAUCAAUAACCAAAUUUCAGGCUACAAGAGAGUUCAUAACACGAGAAAAUGGUAACAAGACGAACGUCGACUAUGUCGUGGCUGACUUGUCGGUCAUGAAAGAGGUAAAAAAAAGUGGAGAAAUAGAGAAACGAUAGCGUCGUUAUUCUUGCACGGGUCCCGUGGGAUUUUUGUUUUUCUUUCCGUCCUCAAUGAUGUUCCGUUUUCUGUGGUCCGUUGAGAUUCAAAGUCUCAAGGAAAAACGGUCAAACAAAAAAAGAAAAAAAGGAGAAAAAUAAAUAUUUUUUUAAAUUUAAUUUAAAAAAACAUGGAAUAUCGCUGUCCUAGAUACUGAGUACCUGAGGCUUUUUCAUUAUAUGAACUUUUUCUCACAGAAAAUAAGAUGCUCUAAAACAAUUAUUUCUUCAAGAUCAAUGAAUUGAUCACCUAUUAUCCUAAUGAAUUGAAUUUAGGUGGCCUCGAUGGCGCAAGAAGUGGAGCAAAGGUUUCCAGGCCUGAAUAUUUUGUUGUGCAACGCCGGUGUUUUAAAUCCAAGGCGUGUGGAAACGGCCGACGGACUCGAACUCACCUUGCAGGUUAGUCUUCGGAUGGCCUGAACUAUAGAAAGUGCUUUGAACUGUGUUGAUUGAAGAGGAACUUUCGGUUGACGUGCAUGGGCCCUCGAAUUCCGUUGCCAAAUGAUCAUACUUGAUUUGAGCUGGAGUAGUCUCUAAAAUUGUUUUGCUGUUGUAUGUUGUGGUUCUUUUUUUUGAUCGUAUUCUAUCGAAAAUGUUAGGUAAACUACUUCUCGCAUUUCUUACUCUGCAACUUGUUGCUGGAAGCCAUGGUGGCCAAUAACGGGUGCAUCGUCGUCGUCGGUAGCGUCCUGCACACGUGGUGGGUUUUCAAAACGACUGUCGGAAUGCGACUAACCUUUCGUUUUUCGAGUCUACUUAUUCGUUAGACAAAUUUAAUAAGGAGCUGUUUUAAUAUGAUGAGCAGCUGUACAGGGUGGCUCAAAAUUACCCGCACAAGCUAUAAGUGCUAUAUAAAAAAAACUAAAAGUCAGAAAACCAUGGGAAUCAACAAAAAGUUUAUUCAUGAUCAUAACAGCAAUUAUAAACUACUCGUGUUCCAUCCGAUCUCUUCUCUUUCCGAUGACAGCACGAAGACGUCUAGGGUACGCGUCGAUGGUUGCACGCAGGUAAUCUGGCGACAAAGUGUCUCAUUCCUAGACCAGAAUCUUCUUCAGGGCCUCGAUACUCGAGUGGGGUUUGACGUUGACCUUGUUUUGCAAAACCCCAGAAGGAGUAGUCCAAAGGAUUGAGGUCUGGUGAAAACGGUGGCCGUUAGUCCUUCGGGAUGAACGCAGGCAAAUGGGUCUCGGACCACUGUUGCGACAACUUGGCUGCGUGUGCUGGAGCACCGUCUUCUUGGAGCAUCCAGUGACGUCUAUUGAAGUCCUUCUGAGUCCAGGGGAGAAGUGUCUUCUUCAAAAUCUCCGAAAUGUAGACUUCCUUGUUGAUUUUUACUUCUUGAUCGACAAAUACCAAUGGUGUUUUGCCAUCAGCAGACACUGCUCCGAAAACCAUCACACUAGCGGGGUGAGAGGCUUGAUGAAUGGUCCAUCCGUUGCCAAAAGCUUCAUCAGACGUCUUAGCAAGUACUCGAUGAUUUUGAGGGUUGAGUUCGGCCUGUACCGUGAACAGCUUCUCGUCAGAGAACACUGUAACCAAGUGUCCUUCAGUGCGCGUGCGCUAACGGAGCUUUAUUGAUAUUUCAAGCCGUUUCUUGGUUGUAGCUUUCGAGAAAAUGGCUGCUUUUCUUACAUGAUAACAGGUGAGCUUCAGCUUGUCUUUGAGGAUCCUUUCCAUCGAACUUCGACUAAUUUUCAUAUCUUUCGCCAUCUUUCUGAUGCUCCGGACUGAAUUUCUUCUGGUUCUCUCUUUCACAGCUUUGAUCCGAUCUGGAGUGACGACUGUUGCUUUUCUUCUUCUCCCACAUCUACCCAAGAACGUGCCGAGCUUUUUGAAACGAGAAAUCGAGUCAUAGACGGUUCUACUUGGGACUCCGAGCCGUUUAAUGAUGUCAACCGGACUUGCUUUGAAAAGGUGCAGAAUCGAAGAGCGAUGUGGAUUUAGUGGUGCCAUUUACCGAAAACAGAACCGAUUGAUCUGAAUUUUGGCAGAAUGGUAAAAAACAUACAGUUAAUCAAAAUUUUAAGUAAUACGCGGCCAGAAUUGCGUCGAUCGCCUUUCUAUAUCGCGUCAAACUUUUGUGCGGGUAAUUUUGAGCCACCCUGUAAAAGAAGUUUCGCAAUGUGUUUUGUAUAGUUUUCCAUUUUCAAAGAUAUGAUGGCAAAAAGAUUGAGGAUAAGGCAUUAGUGCUAUUCGUUGAGGCUCUCUCUUGAUUGGUCGGACUUGAUGGCUGAGAAAGAUUAUGAGAAGUACCUGCAGUACUCUCGCUCAAAACUCAUGUGUCACCUGUUCGUCUACGCUUUGCAUCGCAGGUUUGAUUUUCUAAACAAGAAAAAAAACACAAAAAAAGAUUAUAAGAUCUUGUAAACUUUGCUAUAUUAAAUUCAAUGAUGAGAUUUUCUAAAACAAAAUUUUUCAGAAUGAACAUUUCUGGGAAGUCUCUCACAGUGAACAUCGUGGAAUUGGGAAAAGAACAGGAGCCGAACAACAAUGGAAAAUUGUAAGCAAACAUUUUCAAAAAAAAAACAUCGGAGGUGCUGUCCAGUCAAAUUGUGCUUUCCAGAAGGACGACAUCCGCACUUUCGAGUUCUAUGUCAUUGUUGUCGAUCUGCAGACAGGCGGUCAACCUGGCACAGCUUCUUGAGAGUCCGCUGCUCACCAAAGUCUCCGGCAAGUACCUCGACCCCAAUGGAAAACAAAUGAGGUGAAAGUCGACAUAAAAGCAAAAAUAACGCAGGCGUCGUUGCAGAGGAGGAUCCGAUGCCAUGGACGAACGUCUUCAGGAGCGCCUUUGGCUAUUUUCUCACGAAAUUUGCCAAAAAUAUUUGAGAAAUAGAAAUGGCAUACCUUGAAUAUAAUUUGCCGCCCAUACUUCUUCAAAUUUUUAUUGAGAGCUGACAGCUUACUUUUACGCCGUCGAUUUGUACAGGAGCUGUGUUUUUAGUCUCGCUAGCCAUGCUCUCGUUGUCGAAACCGAAAUCUUUAUAGAACGUGUAUUUCCGCGUUGUACAUACUAAAUGAGUACGACCAAUAAACUCCAGUUUGAACUUGGCAACGGUUUUCUGGCACCCAGAAAAUGAUUCUUGAUAGAAAUAAGAAUUCAGGUUAACCAUUUGGCUCCAUUCAUUUUGGCGCGAAAACUUCUCGCGCUGCUCGAAAAGAAUAAGCCGGCCAGAAUAAUUUUUUUGUUUCAACAAUAUGUUACGAAUGGUUAGUAUUUUUAAAAAAAUAUACUGACUAGAGAACGUUUUACAUUUUACUGAAGUAAACUUCAGCAAAGUUUCAUCAAAAGUUCUAUCGGAAGAUAAAGAACGUUCCCUAGUGAUUUUUAUAUUUAAAAAAAGGUUAUAGGCACUCCCUAAACCUCGAUGACGUUGAAGCCAAAGAAGAUUACGAAAAAUAUGUGCAAUACUCGCGAACGAAACUGAUGAAUUUCAUGGGUAUUCGAUGAAAGAAGAAGUUUAAAUUCAUUCUUUGCGCUUCAGUUGGUCUCAAGUUGGCCCGAGAAGCUCCGCCAGGGAUCACAGUCAAUAAUUUGGAGCCAGGGGUUAUCGAAACCAAACUUCUUCGGUUAGAAUGCUUUUUUUCGAUUGGAAAAAAAAUCUCUAUCGUAAAGAAACGGCGGUUUCUCGGGCGCACCAGUGCGGGAAGGCUCAGUUGCUUCCAUCCAUUGUGUUAUGAGUCUAGACCUUGACAGUAUAAAUGGCGGAUACUUCGACCACAAAGGAAAAGUAGGUUCUGUAUCCCAAUAUCAGUUUCAAUUGAAACUUUUUAAGAAAGUCAAUAAGCUUUUCGCAGACGCAACUGACGUAAAACAACAAAACCGUGUGUGGGAAAUUAGCGAGGAACUUUGCAAAAAACAUGGGAUCGAAUUCUAG